AUGCUCUCACGAGCUGCCACCCCGAGGACCCUCUUUCUCGUUUCCUUCCGGACCGCCGCCGCCGCCGGAGGUUCUUCGCCGCUCCUCAGCCGCUCUUGCUUCCGCCGUCCACUCUUCUCCCCCUCCCCCCGCCUGCUUUCCUCGGCCACCCCCUACCCGCUCUACUACGAGCUCAUUUCCUACCGCCCUCCUCCCCGUUCCCGGCGGUGGCGCCGCCGCAGCGGCGACGAGCCCCCCGCCGCCUCCUCCCCGGCCCUGCCCACUGGAGAAGAAGAUGAAGGAGAAGGAAAAGAAGAAGGGGAGGAAGAAGAUGCGCCGGUGGCCUUAGACAGGUCCAAGAGGAGGUACUACCGGAAGAGGGAAAAGCGGCUGUACGGCGACUCUGAAUCGGAGGGGGAAGGGGGGUCGAGAGGGCCGUCGGAGUUCGUGGAGCUUGAGCCGGAGAUAGUCGAUUUCCCGAGGCUCCACGCUCGCGAGGAGGAGCUCUACUUCUACGACGCCAUGGCCUUCCCCUGGGAGAAGGAGAAGCAUUACAGGAUGGUUUACCAGCUGGAGAAGAAGUACUUCCCUGAUCAGAGCCUCGAGAAAGCGUUCCUCGAAUCACGGCCGACGCCUACGGCGGCGGCGGAGGCGAAGGAGGAGGAGGGCGGCGGCGGCGGCGGGAGGAAGGACGAGAGGGGGCUGGUCUUCUUCGAUCAGAGGGCGGCGGCGGCUCCGGCGGACCAUCCUGUCUCAGAGAAGAAGGUGGAGGAGUUCUUCAAGUGUUUGAAGAAAGUCCCUAGUGCCAGCGGCGGCGGUGCCGACUCUGCCGGGGAGCCGUGGCUGGCAUCUAAGAAGAAGGGGCUUCCUCCCCGGUGGGAUGGGCCUUCGGGGACCGUGCUCUUGGUGGACAAACCCAAAGGUGAGCGGUUGAAUUCUACUCAGAGUUCCAUAAAGGGUAAGAGAGAGAAGGCCCUGUUCUUGUGAGAACAGAAGAAGAAGAAGAAGAAGAAGAAGAAGAAGAGAAGAAGGAGAUUUUGGAUUAUGGGAAUAUCUGCCAUGAACUCUCCCCUCAUUUUUUUAAUUUUUAAUUUUGUUGAUAACGUGGUUGACUUGAUCACUGUUCUUGUUUCUCCUGAAAACAGGGUGGACUUCAUUCACCGUUUGUGGUAAGCUGCGGCGGUUGGUCAAGGUUCAGAAGGUACCCUUUUUUUGGAAAUCUCCCGAUCUCCCUGGUCUUGCAAAAAAAAAAAAAAAAAGAGGUCUCUAAGUCAAAGUCAAAGUCCUGGCUGCAGGUCGGCCAUGCUGGCACCCUUGACCCCAUGGCGACCGGAUUGCUCAUAGUUUGUCUGGGCAAGGCCACCAAAGUGGUUGACAGGUACUUCACUCCUUUCUGUUCCUCUCCACCCCGAAAAGCUCUAUCUAGAAGAGACUCAUGGGCAGGACAAAAAGAAGAAUUUUGUACGAUAAAAUCCUUCAGUUAUGAUCUUCUAGCACAAAAAUGUGUGAAUCAUGCAUCACCAUUCGGGUCAACGGAGACAGAAAAUUUCCAUAUAUAGCCACUGGACCCCGCCCUCAAGUGAAAGCCUAGAAGAGUGCUGCCCUUUCUAUUGAUCACAUAAAGGCAUAUAUUUUAUGUACAUGAUUUCUUGAUUCCUUUGAUAUUCUGUUUCUUCAGAUAUCAGGCCAUGUUUAAGGGCUACAGUGGGGUCUUCCGAUUAGGAGAGGCGACAUCAACUUGGGAUGCUGAUUCACCCGUAUGUCCUUUUUUUCCCACUGAACAUACCCAUUUUAAUGCCAUUUUUAGAAAUACUUACCACUCUAAUCCCUCGUACUGGUUAAACCACUAAUUGUUGAUAUGAAUGAGCCUAAACUGGGGAGGAAACUAUUUUAGAAAAGAAAAAAGAAAAAGAAGAUCGAGUGGAAUGGGCAUCAACCUUGAUUUGACUAUGCCCACUUGGUGCAUCCUGAUCCACAGCAGCCUGAUUGUUUUCUCUUGCAUUCUCUGCUGCCUAUGUUUUUCAUUCUAGCUAUUAAUAUCUCAUCCACCCUGUGUGUACAUAACAAAAAAUGAAGGAAAUCUCAGAUUAGUAGUUUCUGAGAGCAUUGAAGAAGUAAAUAAAACAUGAGAGCUCACUGCAAUGAUCUCAAAGACUGAUUUCAUGGCUUCUACGUCGCUCCAUCCAUGCUUCUUCUUUUCACAGAGUUCAUGGCAUUAUACUUGGUGCGCAGGUCAUCCAGCGGGAGCCAUGGGAGCAUAUCAAAGACGAGGACAUAAGAAAGGCCGCUGCUUCAUUUUGUGGGGAGAUAUGGCAAGUUCCCCCCAUGUUUUCGGCAAUCAAGGUGAGAGGCGGCGUUGUGAUCUCAGAUUUCUUGAGGUUUUGAGGCAAUUCCGUGGGGAGAAAAUGCUUAAUGAUCCGGCCAGUGGGAUUUGACCCAAUUCGUCCUAUUCAUGGCAAUACCCAUAAUGUUAACUAUCCUUUGUCCACCAUGGCCUAUUCGCCUAUUAUUUGCUGAUACUGAUCCAGGGGACUCCUCCCUCUCUCUCUCUCUCUCUCUCUCUUCAGGUUGGGGGCGAAAGGAUGUAUGAGAAGGCCAGAAGGGGAGAAACAGUUGAACUGUCCCCGAGGCGCAUAUCGAUCUUCCAGUUUGACAUCGAGCGCAGCCUGGCGGACAGGUCCCUGGUCUUCUACUCUGCUGAUCCUCAAUCCUCUGCUCGGCUGUUUCUGUACCCUUUUCUUUUUUUUUAAUCAUUAAUUCUACAUUAGAGUAUCCUAUUCACAAGAUAUUUUGAUUUUAUUUUUUUUACAUUUUUACAAUAUCUGCAGGCAGAAUCUGAUUUUCAGAGUUACUUGCUCAAAAGGGACCUACAUACGCUCUCUAUGUGCAGAUUUUGGGAAGGCGCUUGGCAGGUGACUGUGAUGUCUCUCAUCGGGCUCUCUCCCUGUUCUUCUUCUUUCCCAGUCGACUUUGUUGAAGCUUUCUUUUUAAAUGAGCCCUCAUUUCAUGGUUGGACUACAAUGUCUUUUGUGUUCCUUGCUUUUUUUUUUGUUUUUAUUUAUUUUUUUUUUUUUGAUGUGAUAAUCUUUCUUUCCCGCUAUUCAAGCAGGCAGCAUUAGUUAUGGGGUACGGAAAGAAAAUUAUGGAGGUGAUUAGAGUCUAUGGUACUUAGAAAGGCAUGGUAGAACACACAAAAAAAAGGUCAUGCUAGGUUUAUAUCAGUCAUCUGUCAACCUCCUGGUUCCAUCCUACUUUCUUUCCUUUUUUUUUUAUAAUAAAAUUCUAUUUUUUAUUUUUUUUCUUCGCACCAUGAAUUCUCUGGUAAUAAUGUUAGUCCUAACCAGGUUUUUUUUAAAAAAAUUGUCUCUGCAGCUGUGCUCAUCUGACUGCUCUUCGAAGGGAUUCAAUUGGUAAGAAAGCUUUCAACAAAAAAAAAAAAAAAAAAAAAAAAACCCUGCUCUCUAGAUGCCGAUUGUGGUUGGGAAAUAAUCAGAAAGUAAAUGUAUGGAAAACCAUUGGAAGCUUCAGAAGAGAUCCUGCUUCAGAGAGAUUAUCUCAUGCAAUUAAUUAGAUCUUGUGUGUUUCAUGUGAAGGACUCUAGCCAGUGUUUUGGAGGGUUAAUUUGUGAAUAAUCUUCUAUCCUGUCUUUCACAGGGCAAUACUCGGUGGAUGAUGCGUGGGACUUCCAAGAACUGCAAGACCAAAUAACCAAGGGAUACCUUUAA